AUGGUUGAAAACAAUGAGCUGGGCAUGGACCCCAUUGUCCCCAAGCAUGAGCCAGGGCCGGAGGGGUCUAUCAGCUCUGUCUCGACCCCCGAGGAAGCUGAGCCUCUGAUGCAAGACGCCGCGCAGACGCAGAAACGGAAAGGAGGCAGAAAACCUAUCUAUGCCACCUCUGAGGAGCGCAAGCAACGCAACCGCCAGGCCCAGGCCGCCUUCCGCGAACGACGGACGGAAUACAUCCGUCAACUGGAGACCACCAUCAAACGCAAUGAGGAAUCGCUACAGAGCCUCCAGCAAAGCCACCGCAGUGCGGCGGAUGAAUGCCUCAUGCUCCGGUAUAAGAACUCGCUGCUGGAGCGCAUCUUGCUCGAGAAAGGCAUCGAUGUCCAAGCCGAGCUACGGUUGAAGACCGGUGCCCCAGGGGCUCCGGCCAAGAACCCUGCACCACCCAAGACGGCGCCUGCAGGAUCCCGAAAUCAACGGCACCCUGCAGGCAUCGCCGCGAAGCCAGACGCCUUUGGCAUCUCACAGCGGGAAGGCGCCUACGGUGUCUCCUCGCCCCAGUUCCAGGCUACUCCAACCUCGCACGUCUCCUCCCCAUCGCACGCCAAAUCCCCCGGCUUCGGCUUCCAGGGCGCCAUGUCCCCGGCCGUCGAAGGUCGCCCCCAGCUGCUCCCUCAACCCCGGAGCUUCAGCCAGGCCUCCCCACCUGCAAUCAGCAUGCCCCAGACCGACCCAGCAGACAAGCAACAGUCGCGGGGCGCGGCCAUGGGCCCCCGGGGUGCGCGGGUCGCAGCAGCCUAUUAUCCUUCUCCUUUCCAAAAACACUACGACCAACUUGAACAAGAAUACGACGCCCAGGCCGACAUGGUCGACGACGAGCACGACGGAUCCACAACCGCAUCCUACGUCCCGGGCUUCACACCCCAGUCCAUUGCAUCCGGCUCCCAUAAUAUGUCCGGGUUCAAUCAGCCCUCUGCAGAAGGAACGCCCAGCGAUUUCGGCGCUGCAAAUCAUCUCAUGGGCUCUUACGAGCCAAUGCUGGAUACAGAUCCCUUCGGGCUCAGUGCCAGCAUGCACUUCCCUACCCCUUUCAAUUAUGAGCACAGUUCCUCCCGGCAAUGA